GGCCGUCCAUCUCUUAUUUUCUACCGCUCGAGGGAGCAAGUUUUCCAGGCCUCUUGUGCAAGCUCUCCUGGCUGUCUAAGCAAACAUGUGCGAUGAGGAAGAGACCACCGCUCUGGUGUGCGACAAUGGCUCAGGCCUGGUGAAGGCCGGCUUUGCCGGGGAUGAUGCUCCCAGGGCUGUGUUUCCCUCCAUUGUGGGCCGACCCCGCCAUCAGGGUGUCAUGGUCGGUAUGGGUCAGAAAGACAGCUAUGUAGGAGACGAGGCCCAGAGCAAGAGAGGCAUCCUCACCCUCAAAUACCCCAUUGAGCAUGGCAUCAUCACCAACUGGGAUGAUAUGGAGAAGAUCUGGCACCACACCUUCUACAAUGAGCUCCGUGUGGCUCCUGAGGAACAUCCCGUCCUCCUGACUGAGGCUCCUCUGAAUCCCAAGGCCAACAGGGAAAAGAUGACCCAGAUCAUGUUUGAGACCUUCAAUGUUCCGGCUAUGUACGUUGCCAUCCAGGCUGUCCUCUCACUGUACGCCUCUGGCCGUACAACAGGUAUUGUGUUGGACGCUGGUGAUGGUGUGACCCACAAUGUUCCCGUAUAUGAGGGCUACGCCCUUCCACAUGCCAUCAUGAGACUGGAUUUGGCUGGCAGAGACCUGACUGACUACCUGAUGAAAAUCCUGACUGAGAGAGGAUACUCGUUCGUCACAACUGCCGAGAGGGAGAUUGUUCGUGACAUUAAGGAGAAGUUGUGCUACGUGGCUCUUGAUUUCGAGAAUGAAAUGGCCACCGCAGCCUCCUCCUCAUCCCUGGAAAAGUCCUACGAGUUGCCCGACGGUCAAGUCAUCACCAUCGGUAACGAGAGGUUCCGCUGCCCCGAGACCCUCUUCCAGCCCUCGUUCAUUGGUCAGUUUCUCAUUUGUUCAUUUCAAUAUAU